AGAAGAGCUCGCUCUCCAUCUGCAGUUUGCCUCACAUAUUGAUGUUAGUAUAAUGAGUAAAUCAUUGUUAUCUUGAUUUAAAUCGUGCGUUGAUGCCGAUUUUCUGUAAUGAUUUCGCGAGGAGUAACAAUGUUUGCUGGAUUAGCUUGGCCUGGAUCGCUGUUGAAUUGGCAUCGUGCAUGCUAGCGCUGAAACACUUUACUAGAGGAAAUGAAGACACGACCCAAAGGCAGCACCUCUAACGCCGACUGGAUGGGCUCCCUGUGCCCUGCCCUCACAUCAAUGCCCCUCAAGCACCUGGCGGUUCCUGGGUCUCAUGACUCCUUCAGCUUCUGGGUGGAUGAGCACGCUCCAGUCGGCCCAGACCAGAAAGCAUAUGUGAAGCACCUAGCUGCGAUAUUCCGCUUUCUUGCCAAGAAGGUGAUGAAGAAAUGGUCCAUGACUCAGAACCUCACCUUCAGGGAACAGCUUGAGGGAGGAAUACGCUAUUUCGACCUGCGUGUGUCCACCAAACCAGGAGAACCAGGCCACGAGAUAUACUUUAUACAUGGGCUUUUUGGACACAAAGUACGUGAUGGCCUUAAUGACAUUAACCAUUUUCUGAACGUGCACAAGAAAGAGGUUGUUUUUUUAGACUUUAAUCAUCAUUAUGCAAUGAGCGAGGAGCAUCAUCAAUACCUAAUCAAGAUGUUGAAGGACGUGUUUGGUCACAAGCUCUGCAAGCUUGACGUGGUGGAGGAGAUCACUCUAAACUAUCUGUGGGAGAACAGGUACCAGGUCUUAGUGUUCUACCAUCAUCCAUCUGCUGAGGGCUGCCCUGUGAUGUGGCCUGGUAGUAAAAUCCCCGCUCCAUGGGCCAAUACCACAGACACUACCAAGCUCAUCAAUUUCCUGGAGACCACGCUGGGUGAACGAGCCAAAUACGGCAGCUUUCAUGUAUCUCAGGCCAUUUUAACCCCACGUGUCAAGACCAUUGCCAGGGGCCUGGUGCGGGGGCUAAGAAACUACCUGGUGGAGAGGAACCUUCCAACCAUAAUGACAUGGGUGGGGGCACAAAAGCCAGGCAUAGAUGGGGUCAAUAUCAUCACUUCAGACUUCGUAGAACUUGUGGACUUCGCAAGCACUGUCAUUAGUUUAAAUAACCUCCACCUUCCAGAUCGGUCAGGCACAUGACAUUUUCUUUGACCACCGCAAAGACUGAAGUUGUGCUGACCACGAAUAACUGGGAUCACAUGGAGGUCACUGCAUGUGAUUAUCAAGAGGAGAUGGAUACCAAAUAAGCUCUAAACUGGCCAUUUUUUAUAUUUCAUUCAACAGAGCUUUAAGUGCCAUUAGUCUGAUCAUUUUACCGCAGCACGUUUACGUACUUUAUGCAUUGAAAAGAAAUGUGUGUAAUUAUGAUUCAUAUUUUAGAAUGCAUUUCAAUAAAUAUUAAAUGUUUAUUCUGUCAUA